AUGGAAUUGUGGUUAUCGAAAGGAAAUAUUGAGUUUAAAAAUAUCACUGUAUUCUACCUAAACCUAAAUCUAAAUAUCAUUUCAAAUCAGAAAAUUAUUAUUUAUGGACAUAUAGAUAGAUUCGUGAUUUUAUCUUACCAAAUUUAUUAUAAACUAAUGUUCAAAUUAGUAACAAAAAUUAUACUCAAUAAUAUUGAUAUUAAGAAAGUCAGGCUUGAUAAUACUGUUUUAUCACCGUCUCACAAGAUUCAUUAUUAUUAUCAAAUAAAACCUUAUGAACAGAGCUUUAAGUCCUUUCUGCAAGGCGCAGCCGGAAUAGACAAUCUCUCGGGAACAGCAUCAGACAGCAUACUAUACAACUACCACCCGAUUCUCGAUAAACCUCUCGCGUCGUAUCCAGAGUUAUCUGUCGGCCAGGGCCAACUUCUUGCUCUCUAUCGCACUCUUAUCAAAGCCCAAAAAGCUCAAUAUACUAGGUGCAAACCCGUUGUAUUAUUAAAUAAAGUUACUUCUUCUUUGAACUCUAUAACUGAAUUAAUUAUUUAUAAUAUUAUUGAUAAUGAGUUUAUAUAA